AUGUUUUACUCUUCGGGGCUGCCUUUUCAUUUAGCAAGAAAUCCUCAUUAUAGGAAGGCAUUUGCCUAUGCUGCCAACAAUCAGAUCAAUGGUUACCAACCUCUAGGUUAUAAUAAAUUAAGGACAACAUUACUUCAAAAUGAUAGAAGACAUGUGGAGAAUUUGUUACAACCAAUUAAAAAUGCAUGGAGCCAGAAGGGUGUGAGCAUUGUUAGUGAUGGAUGGAGUGAUCCGCAAAGAAGAUCUCUUAUUAAUUUCAUGGUUGUCACGGAGAGUGGACCUAUGUUUUUGAAGGCCAUUGAUUGUUCAAAUGAGAUCAAAGACAAGGAUUUCAUUGCCAAACAUAUGAGGGAGGUAAUUAUGGAGGUUGGGCACUCAAAUGUUGUGCAAAUAGUGACGGAUAAUGCAGCCAUUUGUAAAGCAGCAGGUGAUGCAAUGUUUGUGAAAAACUUUGUAAUGAGUCACUCUAUGAGACUAUCCAUUGCUCCAACAAGAUUUGCCUCCACUAUUGUAAUACUCAAGAGAUUCAAGCAAUUGAAGAAAGGACUCCAAGAGAUGGUCAUUAGUGACCAAUGGUCUUCUUAUAGGGAAGAUGAUGUUGCAAAGGCUAAAUUUGUGAAAGAUACUUUGUUGGAUGAUAAAUGGUGGGAUAAUGUUGAUUAUAUUCUUUCUUUCACUAGCACUAUCUAUGAUGUUCUUAGAAGAACGGAUACGGAAGCUUCAUCUCUCCAUCUAGUAUAUGAGAUGUGGGAUUCAAUGAUUGAAAAGUAG